AUGUCUACCCUCACAACCACAGCAGACAGCAACACCUCAGGCAACAUGGUCAAAUACGCCCUCUGCCGCGCAACCGGCGCAACAGGCAAAGCGAUCCUCCGCGCCCUCCACGCCAAACCACUCCCAGCCCUCGACCUGUCCAUCUACAUCCGCAACAAGUCCAAACUUCUCUCGCUCUUCCCUACCCUCGAAAGCUCCCCACCUUUCCCUACCACGAUCUAUGAAGGCAGCAACACGAACACCGCCCUUUGGAAACAAUGUCUUCGCGACGUCAACCUUAUCAUGAUGUGUAUCGCCUCGAACGUCAGCAAGAAGGGCGAAACUCGCUUUACUGAGACCGCGUCAGCGGUAGUCAAGGCGCUGGAGGAGUUGAGACAAGAACAAAAGCACGCUUACAAGACACCCAGUAUCCUGAUCCUCCGCGCCAGCAUCCUCAACGAACGCUUCAACCCAGGCCUCAAGCAGGGAGGCUUCAUGUUCUUCUGCCUAAAACACCUCUACGACGACAUGGUCGCCGCCAACAGAUUCUACGAGUCGAAAGCAAACGAAGUGAGCGACCCGCCAGGGCUACCAAAACUCCUGGAAUACAUCUACGUCGACCCACCUAGUAUACACGACGCGGAGGGCACUACAGGUCCAACGGGAUACCGCUUGAACACAGAGCCUGGCAACGAGGCGAGUGGGGAGCUGAGUUAUGCGGAUCUUGGAGCGAGUUUUGGUGAGAUUGCGGAGAGAAGGGAGGAGUAUAAGGGGUUGGGGGUGUCGGUGACGAGUACGGGGAAGACGAAGACGACGUGGCCCGUGUUGAUGAGCUUUUUGGCACAGGGUGCGGCGGGGAGGGUAACGGGGUAG